AUGCAUGUGCUUAGACCUGCAGAACCAGAACCAGAAUACGCCUUUCGAACAGGGGUCGUAGGUUUGACUCCGGACCAAGGCAUCUGUAUCCAUAUACACAUAGUGUAUGGGUCAAUUGAGACAGUCACAUGUGAAGAAGACCUGCAUGAUGAAGAUCAUCCCCCUUUCCUUCAGUCUAUCAGGAACCAAGUGUCCAUGUUCAGUGUGAGGUCUGUGAGACAUUACAGACUGACUGCAGUGAGUCUGUUACUUCUUGCUGCUGUUCUCCUGAUACUUAAUAUUGGCCUGGGAGUUCACUACAACAAGCUCACAGAUACUUACUUCACACUUGAUGAUACUGAACGCAUCAGUAAAGAGCUCAUCGACCUCCAGGAUACUUACAAGACUGCAGUAGAAAGAAUGAAAAGUACCAAGAAGAGGCUGAACAGUAAUAUAAGCCAUCAGAAACUAACCAGCUGGGAGCUUGAACACCAGACAAAAAGAAGCAAUGACUAUAAAAGUCAGAUAGAAAAAAUCACAAAGGAAAUUAUAACCAUGAGAUCAUACUUACCAAUGCUUAGCGAUGGCUACAAACACUGUCCUGCAGGAUGGAUUUUAAUGAACUCUGUAUGUUACUACUUCCCCUUGAAAUCAAAUGAAAUCAAAACAUGGAAGGAAUCCAGAGAUUUCUGUCAGCUGCAGGGAGGAGAUCUUAUAAUCAUAGACAGCCGAGACGAAGAGAACUUGACAGUAAAUUAUCUGAUGAAUCAUCAAGAUGCCCGGCAACAGACCGGCGACCUAUUCAGUGACCGGCCCACCUUUGAACAUUACAUGAGUUAUAUAGACCACUCCAUGAUACACGACUACUCAGAUUAUUAUGAAGAUGCCUCUGGGAUGAUGCCUCAGUCAAAUCCAAAAUCCCCAAAGGCUUUCUGGAUCGGACUGAGUGAUGUCCAAGAGGAAGGCACUUGGAAAUGGUGGGAUGGAACAUUUCUUACUGAGGGUAAGAGUGAAAUAUGUUGCACACUGUGA